ACCCUUCUCCUACUUUUUACUCCAGCGAGGCCUCCCUUCUUCCAUGGCUCCAUGUGAUGCUCCCCUGCAGAAAGGUAAUUCAUUCGGCAAACAUCUUAUUUCACGCUUACAUAUGAUAAAUCCUCUAAUUGCUAUGUAGUAAUUAAACUAGUUUUUAGCUUUCCUCUUUGUGUCAAUUUGCCAAAUUGAUAGAAACGGUGUCGGAAAUCCUACAGUAACUCAAAGUGCCUCUCAUAAAUUAAACUCAAGGCCCUGAAAGGUGAAGAUUCCAGAUUAUCGCCGCCUUUGAUCAGCACUCCGGCGGUGCCGCCCUCGCAAAGUUGAUCAUCUCACUCUGCACCCUAUGAAGUCCUUCAGCCUCUGACUUCGAUUUCCAGCAACAACCGAACAUCCCUGUCGGAUUCCGCUACCACAGCGGCCUAGUUCGUGAAGUCAGAGCUUCUCGCUCCGCUCCUUGCGAGCUCCUUCCGCCGCCGGUUUGGAUCUGCAGCAGCAGCCGAAGAUCUCCCCGCCAGUUUCCGCUACCGCAACGGCCUCAUCAGCGAACACUCUGUUCCACCCGUUUCCGUCGAUCGAGUCUCUAUUCCCCUCUUCGGCACAAUCAUCGUCGAUUCCAAAACCUCAUCAGAUCUGAUGAUGAUCGCACCUUUGAAAUCGGCGUCAAGCCAGGAGGAGGAGAAACGACUUGGAUGAAGGGGAUUGAGGGAUGGCGGAGGAGGAUUGCUUGCUCGAACAUUCGGAUCGACGCCGACGCCGGCGCCGGUGAAGUCACAAUGGUGAGGGACGGAAGAAAGUCAGAUGCAAGUGGGAAGGAAUGAAGGAGAAGAAGGGUUUCAGAUAAUUAAUUUAAAUUUAAUUUGUUAUUUAUUGUCCGUUUAUGAUUUUGUCCUUAUGAAUCUUGUUGUUAUUAUAACAACACAAAUAGUGUUGUUAUUCUAUCCGUACUCUAUUAGUCAGGUCAUUAUUUCGCUAUUUUUAUUUACGGAAUAUUUAUCAUUUGUGUUUUCAUCACAUAUUGAAAUUGCUUGACUUUAUCAAAUGCGUGCUCCUAUAAAAAUUAGUCAUAAAAUCUAAGAUUAGUUUAGACUUUGUGAAUAAGGGACGUCAAAAUACUCACCAUGCACCGUUUCAUUAUCAUUACUAAUGCGUAUAAUUUUGGACAACUAGAAUUAGCAGGAUUCAUCAAAUUCUUUAGUGAAUGUGGACAAAAACACUGGCAGAAUGGGCAUAAUUCCAUACAAUAUUUUUUUUAAGGCCAGAAUGAAGAAUCUGGCAGAAUGGGCAUAAUUCCAUACAAUAUUUUUUUUAAGGCCAGAAUGAAGAAUCUGGCAGAAUGGCUUUCACCGUUAAGAAAUACAAUCUAGCAGGCAGGCUGGUAUACCGUACUGAAUCAGUAACUGACCGAAUUUAGUUUGUGGUUGGUCGGUAGGGUACACCGAAAUGAAUGGCAGCAGUCCACUAGCUAGUAGGGUUCAUCUCAAGGCGUGGAGCACUACAAGGAAUUCAAAGAGUAAUUCCUAUAUGGUUGGGAAGUUAGUUGGUUUGGUGGUACCAAAACUACCAACUGAUUUUUUAGGGCAAAAGAAUUAGGGAUUAGUUGGGGUGGUGGCAAGCAGCUGAUUCGCGGUUCGGCACACACCUAACUUACUAUUCUAAAAAAGUUCUUCAUACAUUAAAAUUCGUGUUUGUGAAAUCGUAUUUUAUUGACGAUCGGAAAAAUUUCAUGCCCAAGUGCACACCGAUAGGUGAUUUUAAACAAUAUGAAAUGAUUAAAUCAUAGUUGUAUAAUGUACUUUGUUGUUAGAUUUUCCGGUACAACCUCCUGUACGAUUUUAGGAUCGUUGAUUACAAAACUAACUUACACCUUGAUAGAAGGACUUUUUAUUAUUAUCCUAAUUUACUUUUUAUUUGAGACAUGGUAAAUAGUGGUGAUGAUAUUCCAUUAUCACCGUGCAAAUCUUUUUAUAGAAAUAUCAUUUAUUAUUCACUUACGAAUUUGUAAAGUUUCUAUAGAGAAUCAUACAAAAUUUAUUCAAUUUCUGAUUUUUUUUCUCAAAACAUUACUUGUAUAACCGAGUCAAACAAAUAUACAACCAAUUCACAACUAGUCAAAGCCAUCAGCAAUUUUGAAAAACAAACUGACAUGAUAUAAAAACUGACGAGUCGUACUAAACACGGCACGAAAUAAAUGAGUGCUAAACAUGCAUGUAUUGUACCGGCCCAAGCAUGACCUAGCAUCACUCAUUUCAUGUAACUAGAAAAGUAAAGCAUCUAUUCUUUUUCAAAGAAUGAAAAAAUGAAUUGUGUACCAGAAAAUAAUUAAAAAUAAGAUACGUGGAGCUACGAACAAAUCAAUAAUAAAUCGUUAUAUCAAAUUUCAUCCUCAAGAUAUUAGUCAUUGCAAGUUGUCAUGGAUGGAAACUCACUUUAUUCUGUGGUUAGAGUCGGUUUUGUAAUUUAGUAUCUUUGGUUACCGCCUCCUUGCCAUAUAUUGAAAAAAAGUUGAGGAAACUAUUUUCGAAGUUGAUUGAUACUCAUUGAAGGAUACUUUAUUAUUUAUAAAUUAUAAUCAAAUUGUCAUACCAUAUACAUGAUUUACCAUCCAAUUUCAAUCCUAACAAAGAGUGUACUGAUUACUAACCAGCAAAAAGAUUAAGUGCCACUAUCUAAUUUAGGUCUAUACUAGCUUUGAUCCCGACCAUUGGCUGGGUGAGUUUCAUUUAAAUAUUAAAUUAAUUUUGAAACUUUUUGUUCAUAUUCUUGAAAUUCACGUUAAUCUCGUGCAUACACUACAUUAAUAUUAAAUAAUUUUUUGCCGUACUUGAAUCAUUUUUCAUAUAUUAUAAAAAUUUGUUAUUCUUUGUGUAUGGCCCGAAUGUAUGGCUUGAAAAUUUGACUCGUAAAUAUACAUAGCUAAUUUAGUCCCUCCAGGGACACCCACGAUAUUGAUACGAUAUAAGUUAAUUUAUAAGUGAAAACAUACAACUCUUAAUUUAGAUAUAUUAACUUUUGGCUAAAUGUAUAACAUGAUCAUGUUAUAAUAUUUAAAUUUUUUAUCAUCGUACUCACAAUAGUUCAUUUAUCCAAUCUUGAAUCAGGUGGAGAUAAAGUUUUUAAAAUCAUUUUAUUUUCAAAUGGUAGUUCAUAAAAUCUCGGUACAUGAAACACUAAAAUUAAAUAUCUAAACAAUACAUGUCAUUCUAUAAUUUUCGAAAUUUCAAAUAACGUGCAGUUAAUGUUUAAAAUAUUGAGACUGAACCUCACCCAACAUAAUCAAAUGAUUAUGCUAUGCAAUAUACAGUACAACUUGCCAGUGCAUAUGAAAUAUUAUUUUUUUAUUAUAAAUACGGUCACAAUCUUAUAUAUAGUUUAAAUAUAUAAUAUAUGGAAUAAUAUUUUUAGAUGGUAAGGAAUAUAGCUUAUAUCUAAUUUAGGUCUAUAUUAUUGUGGACCAAACUUAAAUAUGGGCUUACACGGUCUUGGGCCAUGAGAGGUGUAUAGGCCUUAUUUGAGUUUCAUUGCCCUUCUGGGCUUAUUCGGCGGUUGAACUUCCCUCUCCCUCUCCGUCUCAGCCGUGACAAUUUCCUUUCAUUCUCCUGUAAAGAACACCGAAGGGGAAACUGGGGAGUGGAGGAACCUAUCGAGGGUUUGGGCUUGUACCAGAACCCAGCUCAGGGUUUUACAGAGCUUCAUCGAUAAAAUUCUUUGCUUCAAGAAAGAGGGAGGAAAGUACUAAAGCGGGUAAAGUAAAAGGGGUUGUGGGUUGUGGAAAGAGGAAACAGGAAGUAAAUGGCGGUCAGCAGCAACGAGAGAAAGCCCUUUGGAGAAGGGAUUCGAUGGGAGAAUCCCUUUACUUUCAAAGUGGGUCAAGUGUUCACCGGCUUUGGCAUCGGUUGCGGGGUUGGUAUUGGCCAUGGUCGCCCCAUUCAUCUCGGUGCCUUGCCGAUGGUGAAUCAAGUCCUCAGUGCAACUAGAGGUGCCACAGAUGCUUUCUCUGGUUUUAGCAGACAUGUAAACGAUGCACUAAGGAAGGUGGGAGCUAAGAACAUUGAGGCUGGCGUUGGUUGUGGAAUUGGUUUUGGCCAUGGAUUCGGAGUUGGCAUUGCUGUGAAACCAGGGGUGUUGCAGAAAAUUCAAGUUUGCUUUCUGGAAGCAAUGACGACAGUUAUGAUGAAACUUGGAGGAGUUCCUAAUAUGUCAGCUAUUCAAGGUGGGCUCCCAAUAUCGUUGCCUGGUGGCAUCAGUGUGGCAAAUGGGCCAACAAGCAACAGUCCUGCAACUCCUAUCACUCAGCUUAGAGGGAACUUUCCAGACUUAUCGCUUCAAGGUCUUCCCGGAAGUGGAAAGGUCAACCAGCACUCUACUUAUACAACUCAAACAUCAGAAAUGGGUCUAGCCGAUUCAUCCUUUAGUAGAACUGAAAAAGUUCUCAGCAGCUUUCUGCAGAACCCAAUGCUUAGAGAAGACGACCCUGCCCUGAAGCAAUCGGCUGGCCGUUUGCAGUCGGAAAACAGCAUGCUUCAAAUGGUGCUGAAACACCAGCAGAUCAUUGAAGAGCUAGUGGAAGAGAACAAGAAGCUUCGUCAAAUCCUUUUGGAAGACCUCAAAGUACCAUCCAGUAAAAUUCAGGAUAGUUACAGAAUUCAGUCACCAUGUAUAGAAUGUUUUGAUUGUCGAAGGAAACAAAGGAAAAGAAGAUGAAAUAUCUAUAGCUUUAAAAAACCAUGAUCAUACUAAUAUUCUGGCCUGCUGAAGUAGUAAAAUUGCUUUUGUCCCUCUUUGGCUGUUACACGUUACAACCAUACUCUGCACUGCUGCACUAUGAUUUCCAGGUAAUCGAAAAUCGCGAGGGAAGAAAGAACUUCUUUCCUAAUUGAACUCUUAUCUUGUUAGCUGUUGGAUAGACGAAAGGUAAUCAAAUUAUUCAUGUGAG